GUAAAGUACAAAAGCAGUUCACAUGACUCGGCUUUCCUAGACUCGACAUCAGUCUAGGGCCGUUGAAUGCUCUGAUUUUUUGACAUUACAACACAAUAGCGACAUGCUAAUUUCCUGGAAAUAUUGCAAUCGGCUUAACAUGUGAAAAACAAGGUGUGCAAUUAGAACAAUUCAAGGUGCUAAUUAGAGCAACUUGCAGCCAUUUCUCAAUUGUAUAAAAAGCAAUGCUCGGCCACCAAUUAGUUACACUUACAAUUCCGCCGUCAAUCAGCUAACAACUAUACAAAAAAUAACUCUAUUGUAGUACACCUAACACUAAAACAGAUCUAAAGCCAAACAAAAUGAUGUCUUACAAGCAUAUUUGGCAAUUGGUCGCGUGCCUCGUUACCCUGGAAGUGGCUUGUGCCUAUCCCCAGGAACGCCACAGUUCUGUUGAACCUAGCCAAAGACUGAGUGCAGACACUGUAGCAGAUGUUGCGUAUUUGAAUCCCGACCAGAAACUUGAGCAUCUCUACAAAUUUGAGCGCACAUUAAACAGGUUGCGCCGUGCCGUGGACGAUCUGUCCAAUGAGUACGAGAAUGCCGAUGAUAUGGAACUGGCCGAGAUAAAUGUAUUUCGGCCUCUGUUUCGUUAUCGCGGUGAAGUUGCCAGGCGGGUGAAGAAUCCUCAACAGUUUGGCUAAAAUUUGGCCCCAUAAUAAGGGGGCCUAGUUUAGUAUACUCAACUCAUCAGCUGCAUCAGUUUCUGACAUUAUCAUAACGUUUUGUACCAAAAGAUUUAGAUUUUAAAUUAAAAUUACAAAAGAGACAACGUU